AGUUUUCAUUAUUGUUCAAGUGAACGGCUGAGCGUGAGCAGUAGCAGCAGCGGACUGCUGUGUUGUGUCCGAGCCGUGCGGUCAUUAAACACUGUACGCUUUGUAUUAACGAGCUGACGUACAGCACAGCAGCUUAACGUGGACUGUAAAUGUAAAACCGGAGGCGACGGUUGCCCUCACGGUGCUAACCUCAGAUGCCCUGUCAGGCUUGAGGACGGAGGAAAACAGCGGAGUGUCUCCUUCACGUCACACGGAUGAAAUGAACGUCCACCGAGGAGACGGCGGUGUUUUUCAACGGGAGGCUUGUGUGUCCUGUGGACUCGGACGUGUCGUCUAAGGAGACUCAUAGAAAGGACUGACGCCUUUAGACGAGCAGCAGUUCUGUGUUGACAUUUGUGUUACAUCCUUCACAUUCUGUUUCUGACACUGACUGUGGACGAGCUCGCUGCCGUUGCCUAGCUUUACACGUCGCCGUGUCUUUUAGCGGGUUGAAUAAUUCAGUGUCGCCGCACAAGGUAACACUAUUUCCAUAUUAUUGUGAGCAUGUUCGCAGAGGGCUGCUAUGGGCAGCAGCAGCUAUGACGCUAGGCGUAGCCACAGGGUUAUGUCACUGUCAGGCUAACAGAUAGCUCGGUGCCCGCAGCAGCUUCCAAUCUUUGCACGGUCAUGUCCAGCAGAGCUGACAUCAUGUAGUCUGUCCUCCCGACCAGGUCAGGCGACACAUAGUGUGUUAGUGAGCCUCCUCGGAGAGUAAUGCAAAGCUGGCUCAGAGACUGACAGUCGGCACCGAUACACUUUAGCUCAGGAUUGUUGUUAGCCAUGGUCACAGCCGUCUGCUCUGUGUGACAUUACAAACAGAAGGCAUGUGAGUGCACCAUGUCCUCGCUGCAUCUCUUAUUUAUGCAAUAAGGCACAUCAGCAGCAGCAGCCUGUCAUGAAAUAAAUCCGCAGUGCAAGAAGCAGCAUCGCCAGGACUUGAGUGGAUCACCUGCUCCGGGAUUCAUUUCUGAAGAGAGGGGGGAGGAGAGCAACAUUCAAGGCUUGUCCAUCAGUGCCCAGCAUCAGCUGGACCAUCAGCCACAUCGGGAUGGAGACUGUGGGAGACUUUGAGUACAGCAGAAAAGACCUGGUUGGACAUGGAGCCUUUGCUGUGGUGUUCAAAGGAAGACACAGGAAGAAGACCGAUUGGGAGGUGGCCAUCAAGAGCAUUAAUAAGAAGAACCUGUCCAAGUCCCAGAUCCUUCUUGGCAAGGAAAUCAAAAUCCUGAAGGAGCUGCAGCAUGAAAACAUUGUGGGACUUUACGAUGUCCAGGAAACACCCAACUCUGUUUUCCUGGUCAUGGAGUACUGUAAUGGAGGUGAUCUCGCCGACUAUCUGCAAGCUAAGGGGACGCUGAGAGAAGACACGCUGAGAGUUUUCCUCCAGCAGAUCGCUGCUGCCAUGCGCAUCCUCAACAGCAAAGGAAUCAUCCACCGUGACCUGAAACCCCAGAACAUCCUGCUGUCGUACGUGGGUCGCAAGAAGUCCAACAUCAGCGGCAUCCGCAUCAAAAUAGCUGACUUUGGCUUCGCACGAUACCUCCAGAGCAACAUGAUGGCGGCCACACUCUGUGGAUCACCCAUGUACAUGGCCCCAGAGGUCAUCAUGUCCCAGAACUAUGAUGCCAAGGCCGACCUGUGGAGCAUAGGGACAGUCAUCUACCAGUGUCUGGUCGGCAAGCCACCGUUCCAGGCCAAUAGCCCCCAAGACCUGAGGAUGUUCUAUGAGAAGAACAAGAAUCUCCAACCGAUCAUCCCAAGGGAGACUUCUCCACAACUUAGCGACCUUUUGCUUGGGCUGCUGCAGAGGAAUCAGAAAGACAGGAUGGACUUUGAUGCAUUUUUUAGCCAUCCCUUCCUGGAGCCAUCUUCCACCAUUAAAAAAUCAUGUCCAGUGCCAGUCCCCAGCACCUCCAAUGCAGUGACGGACAGUUCCUGUGGCAGCUCCCCAUGCAUCCGCUACAACUCCCCUCCUUCUCUCCCGGACAUGCAGACACUGGCAGAAGACGGUCUGUCGUCCCCUCCGCUCGGCCCGCCCAACUUCCUGCAGCUGUCCAAAGAGUCUGCGGGAAGCACCAGCAGUAAGAACUCAUCCUGCGACACGGAUGACUUUGUUCUGGUGCCUCACAUCUCUACUGACAGCUAUGACCAGCCAAUGGGAGUCGGUCGCCGUCCGUCCAGCGAGUUCCUCAUGUGUGGAGGGCAGCCACAGCCCACCUCGGGACAGACCCCCAUGGUGUCCCCACGAGCUGAAACCACUCCCAUCCCCGUUCCCACGCAGAUCCGAAACUACCAGCGCAUCAAGCAGAACCUCUCAAGCAGCCCGACCACCACGCUGUACAGCUCCCCCAGGUCUGGCACAGUGAGGCGCUCCAAUACUAGUCCAAUGGGGUUUCCCAAAGUGGGCUCAGGGUCCCCCAACGCCGCAGACGUCCCUCAGACAGUAGGCAGGCGUCUCUCUACCGGUAGCUCCCGGCCCUACUCCCCCUCACCUCUGGUGGGCACCAUCCCCGAGCAGCUGGGUCAAUGCUGCUGUCACCUGCAGAACCACGAGCCUCGCAGCCGCAGCUCCUCGGGAGGAUCCCCCGUCCCAUCCUCUCAGCUCCUGGGGGCUCGGCUCCAGAGCGCCCCCACCCUGACCGAGGUCUACCAGACCAGGCAGAAGCUCCACAAGCAGUUAUCAGACCCCAUUCAGCCUUCCUCCUCCUCGUCCUGCAGCCACUCCCCUCAGCUUGGCCGACCGGCCAACCUCGGCUCUUCCCCGACCAAACUCCUGGGCUCCUCCCCCCGCACCUCUGACUGGCUGCAGAAGUCCCCACUGCCUACCAUCAUUGGCUCCCCCACUAAGACCAUUUCAGCACCGUUCAAGAUCCCCAAAACGCAGGCGUCCUGUAACUUGAUGGCACUGGCGGACAGCCCCGUGCCCACCAGGACGUUGGCAGAUGCCCGGGAUAUCUGUGCCCACCACUGCAGCCCGUACUUCACCGGACGCCCAGCAGCCCCUGAGGCCAGCAGGACCUUUGGCAGAUCUGUUAGUACGGGUCGUCUGUCUGAGCAGCACCCAAUCAGAAUCACUCUGGGUGGACAGGCCUAUCAGGGCAGCACUGACAGCUUGAACACCGAGCGACCCAUGGACACAGCUCCUGCAGGUCCCAGUGGACUGGUUCAGGGUGGGUCAGCGAGUCCCCGUACUGUCCUAUUCACCGUGGGUUCACCGCCCAACAGCAUCACUCCUCCUACCUGCAGCCAUCUGGGCACACGGCCACGCACCACCUCAGUGGGGUCCAACAGUUCAGCUGGCUCCUUGUGCUCCACCAGUGGUAGGGUCUAUGUCGAAUCUCCUCCAGGCAUGGCCAUGGGCUCCUCCCCUCCAGGAGGUUUUGUGGGUGGCCAGAUUGUCCCCGGGAGCGAGGGGGCACCCAGCAGCCUGCGCUACGUCCCCUACGGGACCUCCCCGCCCAGCUUGGAGGGAUUCAUCACAUUCGAAGCCCCAGAGCUGCCUGAGGAGACCCUCAUGGAGCGUGAGCACACAGACACCCUGAUGCAUCUUCGGAUGAUGCUUUCAUUCACUGACUGUGUCCUGGAGAUGGCAGCAGUUCGAGCUGGAGGGACAGAGCUCGGUGUGUCAGCCGCCUCUCUUUACCCUCCCCAGGACAGCGUGGUUGUAGACCAGAUCAGCCAGCUCAGCAAAGAGUGGGGGCAGGUGGAACAGUUGGUGCUCUACAUGAAGGCAGCCCAGCUUCUGGCUUCCUCCCUCCAUCUGGCCAAGGCUCAGAUUAAAUCUGCCAAGCUCAAUCCUUCCACCGCCGUCAAACAGGUGGUGAAAAAUCUGAAUGAGCGUUACAAAAGCUGCAUCUCCCUCUGCCGGCGGCUGACUGACAAACUCAACCACUUCUUCUCUGAUAAGCAGCGCUUUGUGGACGAGAUCAACAGCGUCACUGCAGAGAAGCUCAUCUACAAUCAUGCCGUGGAGAUGGUCCAGUCAGCUGCUCUGGAUGAGAUGUUUAAGCAGACAGAAGAUAUAGCUUACCGUUACAGCAAGGCCGCCAUGCUGCUGGACGGCCUGUCCAAGAUCCUACAGGACCCCACAGAUAUUGAGAACGUGGUGAAGUACAAAGCCAGUGUGGACCGCAGGAUCUCCGCCCUCUGCUACUGCACUGUCACACUGUACGAGUAGCAGCCAUCACACAAACACACACAGGGACCACGUCCUAAGACUGUUGACUACCAUCCUCACCAAGCCGCUGUUCCCUUCCUGUAGCAGUUCAAGCACUUUUUCAUUUGUUAGUUUUCAUCUGUAUUUAUCAUCAGUUAGUUUUAUUGGCUGCAUCACGGACUGAGCUGUGACAAGCGACUGAUGCACAAAUUUACAACCAAAGAUGACAGUGGAUCCAGAAACAAAAGGCUGAAACUGGAUGUGGACAUGAUGCAUGCACUGUCAAGUGCAUUUCUUUUCUUAUGCUAUAACGGUGGGAAAACCACCUGAUCAACAUAUAUAUAAAAAAACUAAAGUCCAUCUUUCAGGAUAUCAUUUGUUUUUUACCAGAAGAAAAAUAGGAUGGACGUGGUUAUGAGACUGUGGGCUUCAAGAGACUCGAGCUCCUCAUGAAGCAGUUCUUGUUUUUAAAAUUCUGCUUACUAUGUGAUAUCAGUGGCUAUCUACUCUGUGUUUAAGUUGUUAUUGUUCUUAUUUAUUGGUUCAGAAGAACAUGGAUGUUUGAGUCUCCUGCCUAUCUUGAAGACCUCAAGUAUUGGAGUUGAAGGAAACAGAAGAUAUUAGCAAAAGGCUUACAGCCGAUCACUGUAAUACACCCGACGACAUGGACUAAAAACACAAGCUCCUGUUACAGAAAUGAGACAGCCAUGUGAGCAAAGGAACCUGUAGAUUUGUAACCGCUUUGAUUUUAUUUUUCAUGUGUCGUUAGCUCAAGCACUUUAUUGUGGAUUGAGGGGGGGGGGGCGUACAUUUCCCGUAAGGCAGCGCAACUGGGGAAACUCAGCACAGUCGAGACAGAUUACUCUGGCUCCCGCUUGUUGAUCAUGUUGCUCACAGCGAGGAGGGGUCCAGGUGAAUUUGGGGGCAACAGAAAUUGUAAGCUUGGAUAUUCAGAAGAAAGGCCGAACUUGAGAUCCUCUGUGGUGGUGCCAGGCCCUUCUCCUGUCACCACAACCAAUCAGGCAUCCACUUUAAACCCAGAUGGAGUUAAUUGUGAAACCGAAUGGUCAUAUUACUUGACAAGUUACCUUAAUAAUAAGUUUCAUUUUACUAAAAUACUACAGCUUUUUAUGUUCUGUCAGUAUCUGUAGCUAAUUGUUUUUAACAAAACUUGAUGUUUGCAAACUUGUAUAUAUUUGUAUGUGGUGCAUGUGAUGAUUCCUUUCCCCUCUUUUUGGGAGGGGUGUGUGUGUGUGUGAGUGUGAGUGAGACAGAUCACAGUUAGCGUUUUGGGGUGUGUCGAUGGCGUCAUCAGAUGCCCCGUCUGUCAGUCAAAGAGCACAAAUCUUUAUAUGUACAUAGAUGAAUUUGAUACAUUUUACUCAUGUCUGCCAAGGGUUUGAUAAGGAAACCUGCGUUGGCACAACAGGGGUGUGCCAAAGAAUAAAAUAUAACUCGUGGCAGCUCCGAAACUUUCCAGAGAACUCUUUCUACCAGGACUGUUCAUUGUCGAGAUCAAGACACACACAUUUGUUCCGUGGGUCUCAUAAAAUUUUCUGAAAUGAGCGUGACGUCUUCAGAUUUUAUACUCAUUCCCCAAAAUUUUGUGACACUUUGAUUCGUCACAAUCUGCACUGCCUAGCAUCCUCUCAGUCCCUCUGCCUCCUCAAGUCGUCUGCUGUGCUCCCAACAGUGUGUGUACUGUAUGUAUGUAUGUAUGUAUGUAUGAGUGUAUUUAUACACACGUGCAUUAAGGCCAGUAGUAUACAGUUCAUGGUGGAAAAGGAGGUGCCUUCUUCCUGUGAAAGCAGACGUAGGCCUUCUCCUCUGUACAGGUGUGAAUACAUUCUUUCUCUGUGUACAAAUGUGUAUAAAUGCAUUCACAAGCACCCGGCGCUCUCCGGGCCUGUUUCUCUGAUGUACUGUUCUUAUUUUUUUUUCGGAGACAUAUCUGAGUUUCAGUUUCCCUCGCCCUUGUCAUGAGCACUCUGAACCACACAAAGCCUUUUACUGCACACAGAGUGAAGAGGGACAAAUAAAGCUGAUGGAAACCCACCUGAAUCUUUGCUCCCAUUUUGUCCAUGAACUGUAACUGAAGAUGGACUGUUUUAGAUAAAAGCAUGGGUACCAAGUCUGCAUUUCCCCCCAUAGAACCUCUAGAAUCUUGAAUGUAUGUACCCUGUUGUUUUGAUCCUCUCCAGCUUGAUCUGAAUGCAUUUUGAAGAACCCCCUCCGUAAGUCACCACCCUGAAAAUGCAACACUUUCCAAGCACCCAUUUUUUUCAAAGAGAAAUGUUCAUGUUCUAUUUGUGUCUCUCACCAAGGGGUGUCUCUCUUUGUUCUUUAUGGAACACAAAUACAGUCUUUGUUAUUAAAAAGAGAACAAAAUAAA